UCUCAGCCGUAGUCUCUCUCUCUCUCUCUCUCUCUCUCUCUCUCUCAUGUCUUUCCAAAUUUAGUAGUUUUCUGCAUUUUUGCUAUAGAAGCCACUAAGUUUUGAUAGAUUCAUCCAAAAAACACGACUUUUGUGUAGUUGUUUCACUACAACCACAAAAUAUUUAUACGAAGUUCACCAUUUCACUAACUCAAUACCAACAUCACUUACAUCACUACCGUUGAAUUGAGUGGGCCAUUUGCAAUCCAUCACAGGCAGAUGGGGAACGUUGAUCUCGUCUACCCCACCGCACCGACGGUGGAGUGUGCACACCGUGUUGCAAUCCCUCCAUCCCAACCCUUUUUCAGCUCCCUCAAAUCCUCCCUCAAAGAGACUUUCUUCCCAGAUGAUCCCCUCCGUCAAUUCAAGAACCAGCCAGUUUCAAGGAGGCUGGUACUCGGCCUCCAGUACUUCAUGCCCAUCCUUGAGUGGGCCCCACGCUACACUUUCGACUUCUUCAAGUCGGAUCUUGUCUCCGGCAUCACAAUUGCCAGUCUUGCUAUACCUCAAGGCAUCAGCUACGCCAAGCUAGCCAAUCUCCCGCCCAUCCUUGGUUUAUAUUCGAGCUUCGUACCUCCUUUGGUUUAUGCAAUGAUGGGGAGUUCAAGAGAUUUGGCGGUGGGGACUGUUGCAGUUGCAUCGCUUCUUAUGGCGUCGAUGCUGGGGAAAGAGGUGUCGGCGAUUGAAAACCCGAAGCUGUAUAUGCACCUUGCUUUCACUGCUACUUUCUUUGCUGGGGUGUUUCAAGCUGCUUUGGGUUUCUUGAGGCUUGGAUUUAUAGUAGAUUUCCUUUCACAUGCAACCAUAGUGGGUUUCAUGGCUGGAGCUGCUACGGUUGUUUGUCUACAACAGCUCAAAGGGAUCCUUGGCCUCCAACAUUUCACUACUGGAACUGACCUGGUCUCUGUCAUGCGUUCCGUCUUCACCCAAACACAUCAGUGGAAAUGGGAAAGUGUUGUAUUGGGCUGUUGCUUCCUCUUCUAUCUCCUCCUCACCCGCUACUUGAGCAAAAGACGACCCAAGUUCUUUUGGAUUUCAGCAGCGGCACCUCUCACAUCAGUUAUUUUAGGUAGCCUUCUUGUCUACCUCACCCAUGCCGAGAAGCACGGCGUUCAAGUGAUUGGACACUUGAAGAAAGGCUUAAAUCCCCCAUCUUUGACGGAUUUGAACUUUUCAUCCCCAUACCUUUCCAUAGCCCUUAAAACCGGCAUCAUCACUGGCGUCAUUGCUCUUGCUGAAGGAAUAGCUGUGGGAAGAAGUUUUGCAAUGUUCAAAAACUACCACAUUGAUGGGAAUAAAGAAAUGAUUGCUUUUGGGAUGAUGAACAUUGCUGGCUCCUGCACUUCAUGUUACUUGACCACAGGGCCAUUUUCGCGAUCUGCGGUGAACUACAAUGCCGGAUGCAAGACGGCGGUUUCCAACAUGGUGAUGGCGAUGGCUGUGAUGAUAACACUGUUGUUCCUCACACCUUUGUUCCAUUACACUCCCUUAGUGGUGCUCUCCUCCAUCAUCAUCUCUGCCAUGCUCGGCCUUAUCGAUUACGAGGCUGCAUUGCAUCUUUGGCAAGUUGAUAAAAUCGACUUCUGCGUCUGCAUGGGCGCGUAUCUUGGUGUCGUCUUCGGCAGUGUCGAGAUAGGCCUAGUCAUCGCGGUUGCAAUAUCCAUUCUUCGAGUCCUUUUGUUCGUCGCAAGGCCGAGGACUUCUGUUCUUGGCAACAUCCCCAACUCCAUGAUCUACAGAAAUGUCGAUCAGUACCCAGACGCUAAUAGCAUUCCUGGGAUUCUCAUCCUGCAAAUCGAUGCUCCGAUCUACUUUGCCAACUCUGGCUACUUGAGAGAAAGAAUCUCGAGGUGGAUCGACGAUGAGGAAGACAGGCUUAAACAAUCAGGAGAGAGCAGCUUACAGUAUAUCAUCUUAGAUUUUAGCGCUGUCGGCAGCAUUGACACGAGUGGCAUUAGCAUGCUUGAGGAGGUCAAGAAGAUCGUUGAUAGAAGGGGGCUUAAGCUCGUAUUGGCCAACCCAGGAAGUGUGGUCAUGAAGAAGCUCGACCGUUCCAAGUUCAUUGACCUCAUUGGCCAGGAGUGGAUCUAUCUGACCGUUGGCGAGGCGGUUGGCGCAUGCAAUUUCAUGCUUCACACGUGCAAACCUGGAGCCACAAACGUGGACGUAGAUGCACACGCACGUGAGAACAUUGUCUGAAGGAGUAGCUUAAUGCUCCACACGUGCAAGCAGGAUGGUUCGAUGGAUGCACGUGACAACAUUGCAUCAGAGUACAUAGUAAAAGGUCUACAAACUACAGAUGUAAAUCGAGCCUGAGUUUUCCACGAUCGAGUUGUUGGCACGUGUCUCCAGCCAAUGUAAGAGAGCCACGUGUCCCGACCGAAUGGAAGGCAAAUAAGCCCGAAUGCAGCCUCCUUUUAAAAAGGUAGAAAAUGGAGGCUUUUCAUAUAAUCUUUGUAAUCUAGAGAGAGCAUAUAUAGAUGGAAAGUUGGAAAAUAACCCUUCAUUUUAUGGUGGCCUUUUGUGGGGUCCACUCGUUUCAUGAUUGCA